AUGGUGGAUGUGCGUGUUCCAGACGGCAACCCACUGAGGUGGGAGCUGUCCGCUGACUCUGAAGCCCUCUGCUGGAGCGCUGGCAACCCAACCGCUUUCGUGGCAUCCUCAGAGGAUGGAAUGGUGGUGGCCCUUGAUGCACGAGGGGGUGCAGGCUCAUCACCUCUCUACCGGCUUGCAGCGCAUGAGAAGCCCACAACCUGCCUGGGUUUUUGCCCAGCGGUGCCCAAUUUGCUGAUGACGGCAUCUGUGGACAAGCAGGUCAAGCUGUGGGAUGUGUCAAACAAUCAGCCAGGCUUGGUGGCCAGCGAGGCCAUCAAUGCAGGAGCCAUAUUCGCGGCGACGUUCUGCGGCCCAGAUUUCCCCUUCCUCAUCGCAGCUGGCGGCGACAAGGGAAGCCUUGUAGUGUGGGAUACCCUGGCAGUUCCUGCAGUGGCAAAGAGGUGCACCGGUGCAGCGAGGCCAAAGGUCUACGAGUCCCAGGAAUAG